AAAAAAGGUGGAAUAGAACGCUGACCAAAAUAAAAUAAGUCGUCGUCUCAUUGUUUCCUUUCUGUGUCUGAAAUUUCUUCAUAGUUAAGCUGUCUCCCUCUAGCUAAUUGAGUUUAGAUCUCGUUAACAGGAACUCUUGUACAAGAUUUACAUCAGCUCGUAUCUCUCUCCUUUAACUUAAAAGUAGCUUAUCAUAAUUGGACUAGGAUGGCUGGUCGUUAUGAUGCAAACCCUUUUGCCCAAGAAGAUGAAGAAGUCAAUCCCUUCUCUAAUCCUGGCCGUGCUCCACCUGCUGCAAAUACGAGGCUCAAACCCCUUCCUCAUGAACCAACAGAUUUCUACGACCGUAAUGCCUCUGUUGAUAUUCCACUUGAUUCAGCUUCAGAUUUGAAAAGUAAAGAGAGGGAGUUGCAAGCCAAGGAGACUGAACUAAAUCGAAGGGAACAGGAAGUACGACGCAGAGAAGAAGCCGCAUCACGAGCUGGUAUUGUUCUGGAGGAGAAAAACUGGCCACCAUUUUUUCCAAUAAUUCAUCACGACAUUGCUAAUGAAAUACCAAUUCAUCUACAGAGGCUACAGUACGUGGCGUUUACUACAUACCUAGGAUUAGUACUCUGUCUUUUCUGGAAUAUUAUUGCCACUAGUACGGCAUGGAUCAAAGGAGAAGAUCCGAAAAUCUGGUUCCUUUCCAUCAUCUACUUUAUAGCGGGGGUCCCAUUAGCCUAUGUGUUGUGGUAUCGUCCACUAUACCGUGCUUUUAGGAGUGAAGGUGCUUUCAAGUUUGCAUGGUUUUUCCUCUUCUAUCUGGUUCACAUUGGUUUCGUUAUCUUUGCUGCAGUGGCUCCUCCUGUAGUUUUCAAAGGAAAAUCACUUGCAGGCAUUUUACCUGCGGUAGAUCUCAUUGGUGAUCAUGCUAUAGUUGGGAUUUUUUACUUUGUCGGAUUCGGACUAUUCUGCCUUGAGUCGGUGCUCAGUAUUUGGGUCAUCCAGCAAGUGUACAUGUACUUCCGUGGUAGUGGUCAAGCAGCAGAGAUGAAGCGUGAUGCUGCAAGAGGAGCCUUUAGAGCAGCAAUGUAACCACUGUAUUGCCCCAAGUGUGUAUGAGAGUAAUACAACUUUGCCCCAACAUUGUUUGCAGCUAGGGUUUUUCCACAUAGGCCGUAAUUGUUUGACCAUUAUGUUUUGAAUCUGUGAUUUUCUUUAAUUUUUUCUUCAUAUGUAAUACACAUAUCAUCUGCUAGAUAUGAAAAUUAUAGAAGCAUUUCAUCUGAUGUAUUGAAAACAGAGUUAUGUAAAUCUUAAUCAUAUUUUUCACUAA